UGAAGGUCUUGGGCAGGUAAUAUGAGUUUCUUGUAAUCACCCCAGCAACAACAAACAGCGCUGUCCUGGCAGCUGCACCAAUGAGCUCUGAAUGCAGCUGCUUUCCUCACUUCCUCUCGCAGUACCAGGGCUUGGCUUGCAACAGUCCUGACAGUGGGCGGCCAUCUUGGAUUCAGCAAGCAGGCAAACCUUACCUUGGGUUGGAGAUGGGGAGAAAUCAAGCCGGCUGGAGAUUUAGCCGUUAGCUAUCUCAUUAAAAAUAAUUAAAUAAAUAAAUAAAAAUCCCAGGUCGGAGCAUGUUCUAAAACGAUUUUUUUUUUUUAAGUACACCCGGAAGACAUUUAGGUUGUCAGGAUAACCGGUUUCAGGAUUUCUGUGGGUAACCACCUGCCCUCCUCUUGUUGUGUGUGAAUGCAGAGAUGCAGGGCCUGUUUCAGUGUUAGUGGGUGCGUUUCAAUUACACAGACGUUGUAAUCUGUUUGUCUUUCUAACGCUGGUGUACACGUUCAUUUAUGAGACGGGGUAGGCCUGUGCUAAUUGAUCCGCCGGUGAAUAAUUUGUACCGUACUGGCAUGAUGCGGCUCUCUAACUUAUAUUUUAAUUAGGUUGCGACCGGUAGCAUCCGACGUAGCAUUGCAGAGUAGAACUUGGUAGGUUUGAAUGGCUGGUGUAACUUUACAAGGAAUCAAUGGUCUUUAUUAAAAACCAUCACAGAACUGUCUGGCGUCUGCUGUUCUGAAAACUGUGCUGCAAAAUAAAUACAAAAGAUCCGGUCUGACCCUGGAAAUAUUAAUAACACGGCUGAGAAGAAUGUCUGCUAGAACUCCACUGCCCACGGUUAAUGAACGCGACACUGAACAUCACACGUCUCGUGUGGAUGGGCGCUCGGAGGUGGCGACGCGGCCGAGCCGCACUGGAGCCCGCUGCAGGAAUUCUAUCGCCUCGUGCGCCGACGAGCAGCCUCACAUCGGAAACUACCGCCUCCUCAAAACCAUUGGCAAGGGAAACUUUGCCAAGGUGAAGCUAGCCAGGCAUAUCCUCACUGGCAGAGAGGUUGCAAUAAAAAUAAUUGACAAAACACAGCUGAAUCCUACCAGUCUUCAAAAGCUCUUCAGGGAAGUAAGAAUAAUGAAGAUUUUGAAUCAUCCAAAUAUAGUGAAAUUAUUUGAAGUUAUUGAAACAGACAAGACUCUUUACUUAAUAAUGGAAUAUGCCAGUGGAGGAGAGGUCUUUGACUACUUAGUCGCACAUGGACGAAUGAAGGAAAAGGAGGCCAGAUCUAAAUUUAGACAGAUAGUGUCUGCAGUGCAGUACUGUCAUCAGAAACACAUCGUGCACAGAGAUCUGAAGGCUGAAAAUCUGCUGCUUGACGCAGACAUGAAUAUUAAAAUAGCAGACUUUGGCUUCAGCAACGAGUUUACAUUAGGCAAUAAACUGGACACUUUCUGUGGAAGCCCCCCCUACGCUGCUCCGGAGCUCUUCCAGGGAAAGAAAUACGAAGGACCGGAAGUAGAUGUUUGGAGUUUAGGUGUGAUCCUUUACACACUAGUCAGUGGAUCCUUACCAUUUGAUGGACAGAACUUGAAAGAGUUAAGGGAAAGGGUACUAAGAGGGAAGUAUCGAAUUCCUUUCUACAUGUCAACAGACUGUGAAAACCUUCUCAAACGCUUCCUAGUGCUAAACCCAAUCAAAAGAGGCACACUUGAGCAAAUUAUGAAGGACCGGUGGAUCAAUGCAGGCUGUGAGGAAGAAGAACUAAAGCCUUUUACAGAACCAGAAUUGGAUAUUGCAGAUCAGAAGCGAAUAGACAUCAUGGUAGGGAUGGGCUAUUCACUUGAAGAAAUCCACGAAUCCCUCGGCAAAAUGAAAUACGAUGAAAUAACGGCCACCUACUUGCUGCUGGGCAGGAAAUCCUCUGAGUUGGACGCAAGUGAUUCCAGCUCAAGUAGCAACCUGUCUUUAGCAAAGAUCAGACCCAGCAGUGACCUCAACAACGGCAUUGGAACAUCCCCGGCGCAUCACAAGGUUCAGAGAAGCAUAUCAUCCAGUCAGAAACAGAGGAGGUACAGCGAUCAAGCUGGACCCUCGAUUCCUCCGGCCGUGACCUACCCAAAGAGAAGCCAGACAAGCACUACAGACAAUGACCUGAAGGAGGAAGCAGGUCAGUCCAGGAAGUCCAGCAGCAGCGCUGGGGGAGGAAGGGGAGGGGCUCCUGCCAGCCCCAUGCUUGGGAACGCUGGCAACCCCAACAAGGCCGACAUUCCUGACCGGAAAAAGGGCUCCGCUGUCCCUAGCAAUAAUGCAGUUUCUGGUGGAAUGACCCGAAGAAACACUUACGUGUGCAGUGAAAGAAACAACACAGACAGGCACUCCGUAAUACAGAACGGCAAGGAGAACAGCCUGACAGGAAUGUCUGCUUGCACGACUAGUCCUUCCACAUACGCAUCAGCUUGCUCCACAUCCUCCACCUCCAUCCGGCUGCGACAUCACAAGUCGAUCUCUAUGUCGGCCUCGGGCCACUCCAGCAGGAUGCUGUUGCCUCCCAUAGAAAGUGGAGCUGAUAUCUUCAGGCCUGUCACAACACCUGGCCAGAGAAACCCUGUGGCUUCCACCCACAGUAUCACCAGCGCAACCACCCCCGACCGUAUGCGCUUCCCUAGGGGCACUGCCAGCCGCAGCACUUUCCACGGCGGCCAGCUCCGAGAACGCAGGACCGCCACCUACAACGGGCCCCCCGCAUCUCCCACCCUGUCGCACGACGCCACACCCCUGUCCCAGACUCGCACCCGGGGCUCCACCAACCUCUUCAGCAAACUGACAUCCAAACUCACAAGGAGAAACAUGUCAUUCAGGUUUACAAAAAGAGUCCCAACAGAAUCUGAGAGAAACGGGCGAUUUGAGAGCUCAAGUCGCAAUGUAUCUGGGGAUCAAAAAGACGAAAACAAAGAAACCAAGCCCCGUUCCCUCCGAUUUACCUGGAGUAUGAAAACCACCAGCUCCAUGGACCCCAGCGAUAUGAUGAGGGAGAUCCGCAAGAUCCUGGACGCCAAUAACUGUGACUAUGAGCAGCGGGAGCGCUUCUUGCUUUUCUGUGUCCAUGGAGACGGACAUGCUGAGAACAUGGUGCAGUGGGAGAUGGAGGUCUGCAAACUGCCAAGACUGUCCCUCAAUGGCGUUCGCUUCAAGAGAAUAUCAGGAACAUCCAUAGCUUUUAAAAACAUAGCUUCCAAAAUCGCCAAUGAAUUAAAGCUGUAAAAUAAUAAUAGAAAAAAAAGUAAGUAAGCUGUAAAUUCUUAAGUAGCAGUUCAAAAAAAGUGUUUUUCCUGAACACUUGCAAAAAUAUGUAUUUAAAAGGAAUAAAAAAAAAAGAAUAAUGUAUAGAAUAAUGCUUAGGCAAUAAUUUCCUGCAUCUUUGGAAUCGUAUUAUUAUUAUUAUUAUUAUUAUUAUUAUUACUAUUAUUAUUGAAAAACGAACGUUCUUGAGCUGCUGCUGGGGAGGGAGGGGGUAAACAUUUGAUAUUUUUAUUUAAGUGCACAACAGCAUUACUCAGUUUUUCUCUGUGCUGCAUAAAAGUAAAUCGAACCGAUUUUUAAAGGAAGCUAUAAAUAUAUUUGACCAAUGUGUUUGGUAUGCACCCUGUUAUAAAAAGUAAUUUUAUAGUCCUUGUAGUGUUACAGUAGAUGGGUGGGGAUAUCUGUAAAUCCUCUCUAUUGAGUUACAGAAUUUGGGAUAGGACUGUGGGUCUCUUGACAGAGCAGAUUACCUACAGUUUGCAGCACCUAAGGAUCUUCGAAGAGCUGCCAAAACAGAUCAUUAAAUGUACUUCCCGUUACUCACAGUGAAGUACGUAUUGCACUUGAGAGCCUACUGCACACAUUUCUUACCAAACUUUCAUGGGAAGUAAUCCGCUCUCCGGCCUUUACGCCACUCGCUGUUAAACCUGAUGCUUGGUAGUACAGGCAGUUUGCUUUGCAGAAGGUGUAUUAAUCAACUACAAAAUGUAUUUGGAAUAGUGAAGUCCAUGUUUUAAUUGAAUUCCUAGAAGAACCUCGAUUCCUCCAUUUUUAAAACUAAAAAAAACAGUAAGUAACGUUUUGGGAAAGGGAAUGCAUCACUGCAACUCUUGACUUUUUGGAGUUGACCUUUUUCUUUGGGGAAAAAGCAAAGUCCUCUGUAAUCAUCUGUUAUUUCCAGGUUCUGUUCUGGCAGAUUUAAAUGCAGUAUUUGGGCAAAUCCUUUUUGUUUUGUUUUUUGGUUUUUUUUAUUGUAGCUUGUUCAGCUGUAAUUAGGGGUAAUACCAGUUGAGGUCUAGCCUGCACACAGACUAGAUUUCUAAUGGUCGUCGCUGUGGGACAAUGUUCAUUUAAGUACCGUAUGCAGUUUUAUGGCUUUUGUUAUUUUGUUGUUUUCCAAAACGCCAGCACAGUCUUUGGAAUGUAAAUAAUGUAACUUAGUUUUGCAACAGCUCCAUAUUAUUAUACUUCCUUUUUUCCUUUUUUUUAAACAUGUAAUGAGCCAGGUAUUAUGGAAUUGAUGUAACUUGUCAACAGUUAAGGUUCACCAGUGUCUCCAUUAAAACAACCUCAAAUAUA